CGUUCAUUUUCAUUCAUGAUUCAUUCAUUGUUCAUGCCAUUGGAACCGUGAUUUCUAUCGCUUUUUUCCAGAUCACGAGGAAAUCAAGAUAAUUUGUUUGAGUUGAAAGUGCUUCAAUUUCCAAGAAAAAAUGGCUUUACACGUACCGAAAGCGCCGGGUGUACCCCAAAUGUUAAAGGAAGGAGCACGGAUGUUCUCUGGUCUAGAGGAAGCAGUUUACCGUAACAUUAACGCAUGUAAACAAUUUGCCCAAAGUGUGCGUUCAGCAUAUGGACCCAAUGGAAUGAACAAAAUGAUUAUCAACCACAUUGAUAAACAGUUUGUUACGAGUGAUGCUGGUACCAUUAUCAGAGAGCUUGAUGUUGAACAUCCUGCUGCUAAAUUGAUGGUACUGGCCAGUCAGAUGCAAGAUUCUGAAGUGGGAGAUGGCACCAACUUCGUGAUUGUCUUCUCUGGUGCUUUAUUGGAAGCAGCUGAGGAAUUACUGCGCCUGGGUGUAACACCCACUGAAAUUGCCGAUGGCUAUGAGAAAGCCCUAGAGAAAUGUUUAGAAAUCCUGCCAGGACUAGUUUGUGAAGAAAUUAAAGAUUGCAAAAAUGUUCAAGCUGUUGUGAAGGGAAUAACUCCCUCAAUUAUGUCUAAGCAGUAUGGAUAUGAAGAUUUUAUUGCUGAACUGGUGGCCAAGGCUUGUGUUGCUAUUCUUCCUGAAAAAACCACAUUCAAUGUUGAUAAUGUGAGAAUAUGCAAGAUCCUAGGAUCAGGUCUUCUACAGUCUGAAGUUCUCUCUGGAAUGGUGUUCAAGCGAGAGGUUGAAGGAGAUGUUCCUUCUGCAACAAAAGCUAAAGUUGCUGUGUACUCAUGCCCGGUGGAUAUCACUCAGACUGAAACAAAAGGAACCGUUUUGAUCAAAUCAGCUGAUGAACUUCUUAACUUCAGUAGGGGAGAAGAGUCUCAACUGGAGAAACAAAUUAAAGAGAUUGCAGAUUCUGGAGUCAAAGUAGUAGUUGCUGGUGCUAAGUUUGGUGACAUGGCUUUGCAUUUCUUGAACAAGUAUGGCAUAAUGGCCGUUCGUCUCAACUCUAAAUUCGACAUCCGACGCCUUGCCAGGACUGUAAAUGCUACUGUGCUGCCAAGACUUACAACACCGACUGCUGAAGAGCUUGGAUACUGUGACUCCGUUGGUGUGGAGGAGCUGGGAGACACACGUGUUGUUUGCUUCCGCAUGGACAGCACUGAGUCACGCAUCUCCACAGUUGUCAUCCGAGGCUCUACAGACAAUUACAUGGAUGACAUUGAAAGAGCCAUUGAUGAUGGUGUGAAUACCUUCAAGGGAAUUGCCAGGGAUGGAAAAUUUUUGCCUGGUGCUGGUGCAACAGAAAUUGAAUUGGCUCAGCAACUCCUUCAGUAUGCAGACACACUGCCAGGCUUAGAACAAUAUGCUGUAAGGAAGUUUGCCGUUGCUUUGGAAAGCAUCCCACGUGCCUUAGCUGACAAUUCUGGUGCCAAUGCCACAGAAGUUGUCAACAACAUUUACAAAGCUCACAAGGAGGGCAACAAAAAUGCAGGUUACGACAUUGAAUCCGAAAACAAUGGUGUAUGUGACGCUAAAGAGAAAAACAUAUUGGAUUUAUAUGUCUUAAAGUACUGGGGCCUCAAAUACGCCGUUGGCGCAGCUGCAACAAUUCUCAAGGUGGACCAAAUUAUUAUGGCAAAGAGAGCAGGCGGGCCCAAACCUAAAGCACCGGCGGGAAGUGAUGACGAAUCUUAAAAUUACAUUUACUAUUAAAGUCGCAAAGUAUUUUAGUUAAGUUUUUAAAAUAACAUAAUGUCACCUUGCAUUUAAUUUGAAAUAUAAUAUAAUUUGCUUUGUAUAACCUACAAAAAAGGCAACAAUUCGGUUCUAUUGCAUAUUUAUUUGUUUGUUAUCAAGUUUUGUUCGCAAAACUCUGUGUAGUAAUUAAAUUUUUUAAAAACCACAUUGUGUAGUAAAGAAAUAAAUAAGAUUGCCUUUACGACAGUAAAAUUGCUACAAAAUGUUAUCUAUCUUUUAUCCACUCUAAUGUCCGGGCCGCGCGACCGUUUCUCUCUCUAACGUCCAGCCGCGCGCGGCACCCGAACCACGCGCGACUCGCAACUUCGUCGUAACAAAAAACCUAUACAGCUACUGAACCGUAAUGGCUAAAAUAAAGAAAAAAAUACGAAAAAAAUGGUUAAAGAAUACAGAUCAAAGGUAAUGAUAUUUUAAAAUCGUUAGUUAUAAUCUUUGAUACUAAAAUCCGGGUUAAACAUGAUUUUAAGGAGAAAAAAACACAUUUAUUUCUACCAUUUUAAAAUAUAAGGGACAACUGUUGCAUAUUUUAUCAAUAAAAUAUUUUCAAAACAAACUAGGCUUAUUACCCUUUCUUCUGAUGUAUAUUUGAUUAUAUUCGGUUAACUCUAAGUAUUUUAAUUAAAUCGAAACAAAACACUACUCUUCGUAAUUUUACCGCGAUGUCUCCCGCGCUCGAGAAGGCUAUUACGAAAUUUUCAAUGAAUUUAGUAUAUUUCUGUUUGAAAAAUGUAUUAUUUUGCUUAUUACGAUAUUAAAUAUAAUAUUUUAAUGCAAAAUUUGUAAAAUAUGUAUAAACAAAACUAAGAUUGGCCUAUGACCUUGACCGGACUUUUUUCGAAACAACAAUCGUUUGAAGUUAAAAUUAGACUAGAUUUAUCAGCUAAAACUGUGAUAUUUAAACAUCAUCGUAAAGCCCAAAUCUUCUAGUUUAUUUUGAUGUAUAACACUUGUAAAAUAAAUAAAACAAAACGACAUAAUAGUUGACACUUAUAAAAACACUUAACGAAACGAACGUCAAACGCGUCAACUGAACUUAAUUUUUUUUUUUUUGUCAAAAGCUUGUUACACUACCAUCUCUUAUUUUUUCGUCGAACUAUUUUAUCAGCUAUAUAGAAAAUCUGUCAAAACUCAACAAAUAAUACCGUAUUUUAAAAUAGAUGGAGUUAAACACAACUCAUCGCUUUGGAUACUAUAGUAUCCAUGGGCGUAUGACGCUACUUUUUUCUUGGAUACUGUACUAUCCACGGACGUUAGAGUGGUUAUCACAAAUAAAUAAUUACAGAAUAAAAAAAUUAACACA